UUUCGUGGGAAUUCCCGAUCCUUCUUUCAAACUAAACAGAACAGAGAGAUCCAAACGGAGAAAACCAUGAGCACUGGUCAUACCCAGCAUGACCAGCCGGCGAAACCAUCAGAGUCCGAUCCCAUACACGAUCCACCGCACUCCGGCGACUACGCUCCAUACCCUAAGCUCGACCCUAACGACGUUGCUCCCCCUCCUCCCAUUGAGAAUUGGAGCCACGUGCCCAUGGGCUCCCAACCGCAAACGGUGAACAGCGAAGCCAGGGCUCCGAUCUCCGGCGACGCCGCCACUACGAUGCCGCAGGAUUCGAAUCCCUAUAUCUCUCCUGCGCCGGUGCCGGCACCCACCUCCGUCAAGAAUACGAUGGAGUCCGUGAAAGAUGUGCUUGGGAAGUGGGGCAAGAAGGCGACCGAAGCCACCAAGAAGGCCGAGGAUCUUGCUGGGAACAUGUGGCAACACUUGAAAACGGGUCCUAGUUUUGCUGAUGCCGCUGUGGGAAGGAUUGCUCAAGGAACAAAAGUUCUCACGGAAGGUGGGUAUGAGAAGGUUUUUCGACAAAAUUUUGAGACAGUGCCCGAGGAGAAGCUUCUGAAGUCAUUUGCAUGCUAUCUGUCCACGUCUGCUGGACCGGUGAUGGGAACUAUGUAUCUGUCCACAGCGAAGCUUGCGUUUUGUAGUGACACUCCGCUUUCUUAUGAAGCGAGUGGACAGAAAGAAUGGAGCUAUUAUAAGGUGGUUAUUCCAUUACAUCAGUUGAGGGCAGUGAAUCCAUCAACAAGCAAAGUCAAGCCAGAGGAAAAGUACAUAUAGGUUAUCUCUGUCGACAACCAUGAAUUUUGGUUUCUGGGCUUUGUAAACUAUGAUAGUGCAGUGAAAAAUCUUCUAGGAGCACUGCAGCCCCACAGCUUAUGAUGCACAAAGGCCGUUGACCAUGCCAGUAGGAGCAUCAAAUCGCGAACAAGUUGAUGUAGAUAAAAUAUUUGCUCCGAAUAUCGGAAAUCUAAGCAAAAAUAUGUAUUUUGUAUGCUUGUGGGUAUUCCUUCUUGUUGGAACUCAUUCUUUAUGAUCAUAUCUCUGCGACAUAUUUGGUGUGGUGAUGGGUAUAGUGAAUCUGUUAAGUUGUUAUAAGUUACAUUUUUUUUUUUUUUUAAUUUUAUUUCAUACCCUUUUUUAGAGUAAUAAAUUAUUAAGUUUGUGGUGAAGGUGACUAAGAUUGUAAUAUUACAUUUUUUAUUAAGUUUAUUUCACAUGUCCAACAUUCUUCAUUUUUAAUUAUUAUAGUUUUGUUUCUUGGGUGAU